CUUUUUAAUUCCAGACUCUGAGAAGGGGAACCAUUGCCCUUUAAGAUGUGCUAGAAUUUAUAACUUAAUUUCAGGUCAUUUCCAAACAUGAAAUGCUUCACACAUCCUCUAAAUUCUGUGUUGACUCACUUUGGACUAAAGGUGACUCCCUGGAGGAAACAUUAAUUUUCACAGACUAUUGGUUUUAUCCACAUCAUUGGGUCGUGAACAAUGGAAACUGGAGGCACAUCAACUUUCAUAUUGUUGCAAUGGAUUUACAUCACAUUACUCUCAGUUAUCAAGGCACAGGAAGUCAAAGUGUGGCCUGAAGUGACUGGAUACCUCGGGCACGAUGUCACCUUACACUGCGAGUUCAUCCAAGGACCACAAGUAGCAAAUAUUACUCAGGUUCAGUGGGCUCUGCUGCAACCAAACGGAAAGGAAAAUGUUAUUAUUGUGUAUAAUACGAUUUUAGGACCAAGCAUCCAUAAACCUUAUGUGGAGGAGAAGGUAGGGAUUGAAGGACUUUCCCUCAUCAUUAAAGAUGUGAAUAUGACAGAUGCAGGUUUGUACCGCUGUAGCAUCUCAGCGUUCCCCAGUGGCGCAUUUGAAGGAACUACCAAGCUUAUUGUUAAAGAACAGAUGCCGUUGUCAGUGGGUGUGAUUGCUGCUGUAGUGAUCAUAGUCAUGCUGAUGUUAUUGAUCAUAGCAGCCACAACUUACCUCAUCUUCAUCAAACGGUGUGAUUCGUCAGUUAACCUCAUCCACACUGAUACAAAUGGUCCAGUGACAGAUGUGGCCCGACCGUCUGUGAUUAAAACAGAACAGGAUGUGGUCUAUUCUGAAGUCACGACUAAACCAUCCAGAGGUGAAACUGCUUCAUCCAGAUACAAACACUCAAAGACUGAAGAUAUCACAUACUCCGAAGUCAUAUUUUUACGGCAGCAACAGUAAGACAGUGAGGAGAUGCAUGUUCAAGUGUUGUCAUUCCACUUCUGGUAUUUGAUAAGGACAAAGAUAGCUGCUGCAAAGCUGCUGAGGUUAAGUUGGCACCAAAAUGUUACCAUUUUCUGAACAUUUAGUCAGAUUCUCUUCACAUUUUGACAGUGACAGUAAGCUGUUGGAUGAGGUGCUGCACAGUGACAGCCUCCUACAGUGUUUUCUGUCAAUAACCCAUUCCCAACAUGUCAUCCAGUAAACAUUUAGACCCUGCCAGUGUGGACUGAGGAGUCGAGGUUGCUCAUAUCAUAGCUCAAUAUGAUAACACCCACCUGUAACUGUAAAGUGACCUUACUCUACUGCAUUAGUGUAGCCAAGCCAUCAGUGUGUCCUUCUGCAUGUCAUGUGAUUACAGUGCAAGCUACGGCAACUUGGAUUGUAGCACCAAAAAAAAAAAAAAAAAAAA